GGAUGUGAUUGAGUGUGUAGCUAUGGCCUCUCCCCUGUUUGGAUCGGGUCCCAUCCAAGGCUGGUGUGCUCCUCACUGGAAGGUUUCCCAUGAGAGGGAACAUUGUCCUCCGGCUAUAAAGGUUUCUCACGCUUGGCAAAGAGGGAUAAGCAGACCACACCAACCAAUGCCUGCAGAUCAGGCCAUGGAUGAGACAGGAACAUACUUUUGUUUCAUUUCCCUUUAAACAUGGCAACCUUACUCUGAGGUGGGCUAUGAUGACAGCUGAGGUCUUAUUUACUUUUUCUGUCUUAUAUCUUUCAGACAAAAACUUCAGUGCACAGUGAACAUUGUGAUGCUGCCAGGUGUGUGUGGCACAGAUGUCAUUCAAGGACUUGUAGUCGCUGUAAUAUUUCUGGCCAUUAGAAAAAGAUUAAAGCCUUUCAUUUGUGUUGGGAGUUGGAUAAUUUCAAAUUAUUUCAAAUUAUUCCAUUAGAUAAUUAUCCAAUCAGAGAUUUGGAUAAUUCCACUGACCUUGCUGGCAUCUGGUGGUAGCUGCCCAAAAAUAUUAUUUCCCUAAAUUUGUGGAGAUUACACAUGAGAGGUGGUUCAUAGUCCUGCAUGCUUCCUCUCCUGUUUAGUUGUGGUUAUUGUAAACUCUGCAGUGAUUUUUAAAUUUAUGAGCAGUAGUGUUGUAGAAUCAGCACAUACCGGAUUGAAGUACUGGGACUUUUUGUUUGGAAUCAGAAUUGGAAGAGACCCCAAGGGCCACCCAAUCCAACCACCUGCCAUGGAAGAACACACAAUUAAAACAGUCCUGAUGGAUAUCCAUCCAGUCCCUGCUUUAAAAAAAAGAAGCCUUUCACCACAUUCUAAAGCCUAUAUUCCACUCUCAAGCAUCUCUUACCUGCAGGAAGUUCUUCCUAAUAUUCAGGUGUGCUUUUGAUCCAGGUGCAUUACUCUUGCUGCUGUUCCUUUUCCACUUGGUGAUUUACCAUAAUCUCUUCCGGACAACACUACGCACAAACACACCUGAACAAACCAAGGACCAUCUGCGCAUCCAGGAUGGAGCUUCAGAAGAUGGGAGAUGACAUGGGCACUGAGAGGCUAAAUGGGACCAUACUUGAUAGUGACAAAACGGCUGUCUUGGAGGACGGCUACGAGGAUGAGGAGCAUGGUUUGCCCGAGCAAGAGGAGUUCCUGCCCCAUAUUGACAGCAAGAAACUGAGCCAGUUCACUGACUUUGAGGGAAAGACUUCGUUUGGGAUGUCAGUCUUUAACCUAAGCAACGCCAUCAUGGGGAGUGGGAUCCUGGGCCUGGCUUAUGCUAUGAGGAACACAGGCGUCAUCCUCUUUGUGGUGCUUUUGAUCAGCAUUGCAUUGCUUUCUUCUUAUUCCAUUCAUUUGCUGCUGAAAUGUGCUGGGGUUGUGGGAAUUAGAGCAUAUGAACAGCUGGGACUCAGGGCAUUUGGCCAUGGUGGCAAAGUGGUUGCUGCUGUGAUAAUCUCGAUACACAACAUAGGAGCAAUGUCCAGUUACUUGUUUAUUGUUAAAUCUGAACUGCCACUUGUGAUCCAAACAUUCUUAGGGCUGACAAAGAACAACAGUGAGUGGUAUAUGAAUGGGAACGUCCUCAUCAUCAUUGUCAGUGUUUGUGUCAUCUUGCCCCUGGCUAUGAUGAAACAUUUGGGUUAUCUUGGUUAUACCAGUGGACUCUCGCUCACCUGCAUGAUUUUCUUUCUCAUCUCGGUUAUCUACAAAAAAUUCCAGAUCUCUUGCCCUCACUCUCUCAACAACACUUUGGGGAAUGGCAGCGUUGUGGUUUCAGAAGACGAUGCCUGUGGUGUGGAGGUCUUCACUGUCAACUCCCAGACAGCAUAUGCUAUUCCUAUCUUGGCCUUUGCUUUUGUUUGCCAUCCGGAGGUGCUUCCUAUUUACACAGAGCUAUCCAGGGCGUCAAAGCACCGGAUGCAAAAUGUAGCAAACGUCUCUAUCCUGGCAAUGUUUUGCAUGUACCUCCUGACUGCCAUCUUUGGCUACCUCACUUUUUAUGGGGGCGUCGAAGCAGAAAUGUUGCACACUUACAUCAAGGUUGACCCUGCGGACAAGCUCAUACUCUGUGUCCGUUUGGCUGUGCUGUUGGCAGUGACACUCACUGUACCUGUGGUUUUGUUUCCGAUCCGCAGGGCCAUCCAUCAGUUGCUGUUUCACAAGAAAGACUUCAGCUGGGUCCGCCAUGUCAUCAUUGCCUGCUGCCUACUUGUCACUGUCAACCUCCUUGUCAUCUUUGUACCAAACAUCAAGGACAUUUUUGGAGUCAUUGGUGCAACAUCAGCCCCCAGCCUCAUCUUCAUCCUUCCCAGCAUCUUCUACAUCCGCAUUGUCCCUAAUGAGAAGGAGCCAUUGCUGUCCAGGUCCAAAAUACAGGCUGCCUGUUUUGCUGCCCUAGGCUUCAUUUUCAUGGUGAUGAGUCUCAGCUUUAUCAUUGUGGACUGGGUUACGACAGGAAAGAGCAGUGGGGUGGGGCACUAACACCCUCCUUCCCUCCCCCAAGAGACACAGUGCUUGUGACCAGGGCGGGCCAUUCAGUGCCAGAGAAACAGCGUCAACUGCCUCCAGUUCUACCUUUGCUCCUCCUGGAGAGGUCUCCGUCCCUGCCUGUCCUUCUGGGAAGACAGUGGAAGGCCCCCUUUGCUGCCACCGCUGCAGGAGCACCCCAGAGUAGCCAGGAAAGGCAAGAAGUCCUCCUUCUUGGUCACUCUGGCCUUCUGGGGCUGCAAAUCCAGUUACCUAAAAGAGGCCAUGGAUAAACUCUCCUCUGUUGUCGGUUUUUGGUGCUACGAGAACACAACUGACCACUGUGCGCUUUUGGAUCCGGGGGUGGGAGCAGUGCAGUGCUCACUCCUAGCCAUUUUUACCUCCUUGGCAGUAUGAUACCUGUUGCCACCUGCUGUGGGUCACAGCAAAAAACUGUGUGGGGUUUGUUGAGAGGGAGGGGGAUGGGUUGAUUCAAAGUAACACUACUAUUGCUCAACUGAAAUGGGGACACCCCUCUCCACAAAUUAAGGAAUCCCUAGUCAGUCUUCCCUUUAGUCUCCUUUUCCUAUGCUCUUUCAGUGACAUAGAUUUAUGUCCUGUCUCCCUUGCUUUGUAGGUAAGCUGAGUAACAGCCCCUGCCCUUUUAUUACUUAUAAGCAACGUCCUAGCCUUCAUUCACCUGCCUUCUCCCUUGUCUGCUAUCCAUUAGAUCAGUGAUACCAUCUGUUCCUGGGGGUGUAGCUCCAAUGUUAGGGCAGCAAAGCCAAUGAUAAUGUGAUUUUCCUGCUUCUUGGCAGGGGGUUGGAAUGGAUGGCCCUUGAGGUCUCUUCCAACUCUAUGGUUCUAUGAUAUGCCCUCAACUUGACAAUCUAAUUUAUUUUUUUAACUCAUAUUUAAUUUGGACUUGGCUACCAGACCAAAGAAUUAUAAUAUUACCAUCCUAGUGCCUCCAGCCGUUCGUGUCAGGAUUUCAGGUUUCUCCAAAUAGAGUUGAGGUCUAAGGUGUUAAAACAAAGGAUGUGGCAAAGCCUGGACUCCUGGGUCAUUUCCCCAGCUUUGUGGGUGAGGUGUGUGGAAUAAGUCUCACAAGUUACAGCAAAAAGUUUUGGCAACAAGCUUGUGAGAAAGAAGUACAGAAAUCCCAUUGCUUGUUCAGAGGGAAUCCUUCUUUUGUCCCUGUGAAAUUUAUGAGGUCACCAUAAGUCUACAGGCAACUUGAAGGCACAUACAUAAACAUCAAACAUCGAUCCCAGAGAGCUUUUCCUGUCUUCCUAAAUGGAAGAAAUUUUCAUGAAACAAAGAGAAAGCAAAACAAAAGAGCAUUCUCCAUAUUUGUGAAGUGCCAACCCACUGUUCUCCCAUCUGCUUUAAGUGAUGUGGUUUAGGGCAUGCCAUGCUUUGAUAGUGCAGUCUUUCACCAUGCAUCUAUGUUAUUGUUUUGUUGUUGUGUGCCUUCAAGUCAUUUCCAACUUAUGAAGACCCCAAGGUGAACCUAUCAUGGGGACUCUUGAGGCUAAGAGAGUGCGAGUUGCCCAGAGUCACCCAGUGGGGUCUCAUGGCUGAGCGAGGCUUCUGUACUUCUGUACAUCUUCCCUAUUUCCUUUUUAUCUGUGACAUUUUAAUUCUGCUUUUUGUUCAGUGUUUUUUUCGUUCAGUUUUUUUGCCUCUGUAUGUUUCAUUACUUAAAAUAUUUGCACAAUAGCACUUAAAUUUCAAAAAUACUUGCUUUAAGAAAGAAGUUUUUGCCUUCAUGUCCUUCUCUGCCUUCUGUUUUUUAAUAUUGGUGUAAGUGGUGCACUUGUACUGGAAUUUUUAAAGCGCUUUGGUAUGAACUUUGAAAUAAUUAUUAAAAUAAAUUUUGUUUAAAAAAAGAAUGAUUAAAAGAUCCAGAUGAAUUGUCACAUGGCCUUGUAAGGUCUAUUUAGAAGAUAGGUUUGAUGCAUAUAGACAAAGUCUGUGUUUAGCUUAUUUGUAUACUGCUUUUCCACGGUGGACUGUGUCCAAAGCAGCUUCCAGUAAACAAUAUCAAAAUACAACAUUUAAAUUUUAAAUGAAAUUGAUAUAUUCAAAUAAGGCAAAAGCAACAAUCAGAUAAAGGCAGAGUAAACCCAAUAUUACAAUUAAUUAAGUGCUUAUCCAAAUCAGAAGACACCAAAAAAGAUAAUAAAAAUAUCAUUGAAGAGGUUUUGAAGGAAAGAAAGCCCUUCCAUUUUUGAUAAAGCUUGCAGCAGAAAAUGGGGUAAUGUUUUGAGCAUGUAAUUUGAAAACAUCUGAUGGUUGUGAAAGGUAUGGUAUGAAUUUUCUGCACUGCUUAUCUCCACAACAUUGUGCUUAAAGAACUUGGACAACAUGUCUCUUAGGCCAUGCAGGCUAAGAAAUUCUGGGACAUAUUGUCCAAACAACAACAAAAUAUGUUUCCAGUUUUGUGCAGCAGAAUUUUAAGGUGUUGUCUGCUAUAGCCCUGGAGUCUUUUUACUUGUUAGGUCAGGGUUAGCCCUGUGGUAUGGCUUUCCUCAGGCAGUUUCAUGGCAAGAAAUACCCAGUUAAAAUCUUUAUUUCCUGCCAUUGUGAAUGGAAGGGAGGUACCAUUUGGAUUUUCUACCUUAAGUACUAAAAUGGCUUGGACUGCUUUAAUACACUGGGGGAUCAAGUCAAGUAGAGGCAUUGGCACUGAGUCCCAUCUUCAAGAGGCUUCCUUUACAAAUCUGAUCAGGAUCUGUGCUAGGGUGACUUUCUAGAUUUGCAACCUAACCCACUCCGGUGCCUAUUGGUUUCUCUUUUCCCUUUGGCACUUUAGUUCUUUAGUUUUGUUCUCUCAACCCUUUAUACAGAUGUCCCAAACUCUUCCUGGCUUCCAUAUAGAUUCCUGUAAUAUCACCAGUACUAUUACAUCAACACAUCACCUAGUUUUCUCCAGCUAUUAAACAUUCUUUGGCACUGUUGCAAUAUGGGUAGGUGUGUUUUGUUAACUGCUGGUGGGUGUCCAUUUUAAGUUACUGGAAUUGGAAAUAUCCUUUGUUAAGUGCUGGAAAUUCAUUGCUAUCAUUAUGGUAUGGCCAGUACAGUGGUCACCCAAUCUCUCCUGAAGCAAAGUCUGAGACAGUCUGCUCCACUAUCAAAAAGGUCAUACCUUCUGGAAAUCCUUCCUGUUGUUUAGUCAGUUUCCCGUAGUAAAUUGAACCAGUUAAUUUGGCUUUUACCUUCUGGGGGAAAAUAAAACCAAAUUUAUAGUCCCAACAGAUCUGGAUGGUAUGCAUUACACAGUGGUUCUCAACCUGGGGUCCCCAGAUGUUUUUGGCCUACAACUCUCAGAAAUCCCAGCCACUUUACCAGCCAUUAAGAUUUCUGGGAGUUGAAGGCCAAAAACAUCUGGGUACCCCAGGUUAAGAACCACUGCAUUACAGAAUGAAAAAAGCUGUGUUGAUCAUGUCAUUUUAGUCAUUACUUAGCAGCACAGCACACAUUGCUUUUACUUGAAAUGUGUCAUGGUAUACCUGUUUCUUGUUUGGGCCAAAUUACCUGAUCUGCUAGUACAAGGUGGACAGUGUGCACCUUCAAGGUGAUGAACCAGAGGUUCUUUCAAUCCUGACUGGGAUUGUCAAUGCUGAGGGAUUUCAUGGCUUGUGGGUCAACAAUAUCCAAAGGACGCACAUUGCCCACCCAAGGACUAGCAGUUUUGCUAAGUAUAUAUAUGCUGAGGUUUGAAAUUGCAAAAAUGUGAAGUACAUUGGAACUUACAUUGCAUACAUUGCAUUUUGAAUUUCUGCAGCGGUUGCAUCCUUCCCUAAAGCUGUCAGUAAUCUGAAUUAGAGAUGAAAAUCCUUGCUCACACCAUAUAGUCCACCUUUUUACAUUGGGACAUAUGUCCUAUUGUACUGCUUGAUAUAACCCAUACCUCUGCUAUUUGCAUUAUAUAUGGAGGUGCAGGACAACGUGGCUAACAUUUCUGGAUGCCAGUGAUAGCCAUAUUGCAUUGCAUUUCCUAACAUACAAUGACCGUUGAUGUUGAUCUUGGGCUCACUGUAACAGUUUUUUAAUCUUCCAGCUGACCAGAGGGUGGCCAAAUGCAAGAGAGGAUAGGACACCAUUCUGUAUCAUUAAUAGUUGUGCACGAAACAUUAUUUUGCCUUGUGUCAUUUAUAGGACACAUUAGGUGGGAGCAUUGCAAGCUAAACCUCAUAAACUCUUUGCCCCUUUUACACAACUAUUUAAUAAGAAAAGGAGCGCUCCCAGUUCUCUUGAGUUGUUUGACAUUUUGAGCCUUAGAGAGAACAUUGCAGUUGGGUAGUAAUGACAAUCCAACUCUUUCUGUAACUAGGACUGUAUAACUGGUGGCACUGGAGACUCUUGGUAGGACCUCUGGUCAUGAGCCUUGACAACGACAAACAAGGCAGUGCUUCCACUUGCACAUGCUGAGAAAAUAACUUUGGACAAUCAUUUGUUUUGUUUCUUAUUUCACUGACUAAAACUUCAUCCAUUGUAGUAACCUAUCAUGAUGAUGAGAAAGACAAAUUGAUGAGCAAGUUAAAUUGUUACAUUGCAAGUACUUUUCUAGUAUUCUGAUAUUCUAUAAAGGAAUGGCAAAUCCUCCUGACUGAUAAGAUAAGGGGACAAAAUUUCAGCAUGUCCUGUCAAAAAGGCUCUUCAAAUUUGGAAACCGUUACCUUUUAUAACAAUAUUUUGCUUUUGUUUUUGAAAUGCUGGGAAAGAGAAUUUGGAAAGGAAUUUGUUUGGUUAGUCAUUACAGUGGCUAAAAAGUAACCUAUUACAAUCACUCAUAAUUCUGUGAUUCUAUAAUGAUGAUGGAAAGUUACAUUUCUUGUUGCUUUUCUCAUUACUUUUCCAGUAUUUUUCAUUACUUUAUAAGGGGAAGAUGGCAAAAUUAUCCUCACCAAUAAGAAUGAAGCAUAACACUUCAAACCGUCCUGUCAUAAUGCCUCUUGAAAUGCAUUAACUUGAAAAUAAUUAGAAACUGUAAUUUUUACAACAAUAUUUUGCUUUUAGUGUUAAAAUGCAACUUUGGUAUAUUCUGGAUACAUUAAGACAACUAAUUAUAUUUAACAACCUUGCUUAAUUUGUUACUUUCAGCUUUUGUGACAAAUGUCUGGGAAGGGUUCUGUCUGUGAGCCUGACCCAUCCAGUUUACAUUUCUCUUCAUUUUCAUAGCAAACUGUUUGUGUCUCAAUACAAUUCAUUGUAUUUGGAUGACUGCAAGUUGCCAUUUCCCUUUUUCAUUCUAUCUCUGGAAACCUCAGGAUUUCUUCCCGUAUAGACCUAACAGCUCUUGAUUCUGGUUGGGGUCAGGGCAGGAUUCGGGUUUAAGGGAGGAGGGAAUCACAGAUUCAAAAUGUGAACAUGGAUGCAAGGACACAGUAUUUGUAUAAUUUUGGAAUGCAAUAAAAACUGCUGACUUUCAGGAGAAAGA